GUAGUUAAUUGACCUGUCUGUCCAACCAAAUUUCGAUAUGACUGUUGUUGCUGUCAGUGGAAGUUCUGCCCCUACAGCUCCUACUGGAGUGAAGAAGACUGCGAAAUCCAAGAAAGCUCCAUCAGCUCAUCCUCCAUAUGGUGAUAUGAUCAAAGCUGCUCUUAAAGAACUCAAGGAACGUGGGGGUUCAAGCCGUCAAGCCAUUGCAAAAUACAUCAAGGCUAAUUACCAAGUUGACGACCGUGUCGAAAGCCACUUACGUCGUGCUUUAGUGACUGGUGUCAAGUCAGGAAAACUGGUUCAUACUAAAGGAAUUGGUGCAUCCGGCUCGUUUAAACUAGCAGACAAGACAGCCUCUCCAAAGAAAGUCGCACAUCCUAAACCUUCAAAGCCCAAGUCAUCACCAAAAAGGCAGCCGCUAAAAAGCCAAAGGCCACGAAACCAAAGUCCACAACUGCCAAUCCUAGCAAACCUGCAGCCAAACCAAAAGCACCUAAACCAAAGGCUACCAAAUCUCCGAAGGCCAAAACACCCAAGAAGCCUAAAGUAAGUGAUCUUCCCCUCACUGGCUACUGUCGGUUUUUGAUGGAUUCGAAUUGAAUAUUAUUUCAUGAUUGUUGUAUUCCUAACGUUUUUUAGGCGGUGAAACCUAAGAAGCCGGUAGCAAAGAAGACUCCCAAGAAGACCGCAAAGAAAUAAACGCAUUUCAAUCAUAUAUAUUUGUACAUAUGUUUCGUCUUUGUCUUAUUUCCUUCACUAUGCCUCUGAUUGUUCAGAUUGUAUUUUAUUUAUUCCUGCAUUCUCUAAUAAACGUGUACUGUCAUCCGUUU